AUGAGUGACGACGAUGUUAGUAUAAUGGAGGUUGAUGAGGUGGAACCGACACCAAAAAAGCUGAUUGGAGGUCCAAGUAAAUCGACGUCUAAUUUGCCGUGGAUAGAAAAAUAUCGACCUCAAACGUUCGCUGAUAUUGUAGGCAAUGAGGACACCGUGUCGCGGUUGUCUGUUUUCGCCCGCACUGGGAAUGCUCCAAACAUAAUCAUCGCCGGUCCGCCUGGUGUCGGCAAAACGACCACAAUUCUCUGUUUGGCGCGAGCACUGCUCGGAUCCGCAUUUAAAGAGGCCGUGCUUGAACUCAACGCUUCUAAUGAUCGCGGUAUCGAUGUCGUCCGCAACAAAAUCAAAAUGUUUGCCCAGCAGAAAGUAACUCUGCCUGCGGGGCGACACAAAAUAGUGAUACUAGACGAGGCAGACAGCAUGACUGAUGGUGCGCAGCAGGCACUGCGGCGGACGAUGGAGCUCUACUCGAGCACAACGCGAUUUGCUCUUGCUGCCAACAACAGUGAAAAGAUUAUUGAACCAAUACAAUCCCGCUGCGCCGUACUGCGGUACACCAGGCUCACAGAUGCCCAGAUAUUGGCCAAGGUGAUUGAGGUAUGUGAAAAGGAGCAGUUGUCUUACACAGAAGAGGGCGUAAAUGCCAUAGUGUUUACAGCACAAGGUGACCUGCGCUCCGCCCUGAACAACCUGCAGGCCACGGCGCAGGGGUUCGCGCACGUCAGCCCCGACAACGUGUUCAAGGUGUGCGACGAGCCACACCCUAUGCUCGUACGUGGCAUGCUCGAGUCUUGUAUUCGCCAAGAUAUUCACGAGGCUUACAAGGUGAUAGCCAAGCUGUGCAAGCUGGGCUACGCGGCGGAGGACAUCGUCGGCAACGUGUUCCGCGUGUGCAAGACGCUGGACGUGGACGAGGACGUGAAGCUGGCGCUCAUCCGCGAGGUGGGGCGCACGCACCUGCGCGUGGCGGACGGGCUCGCCUCGCCGCUGCAGCUGGCGGCGCUGCUGGCGCGCGCCUGCCGCGCCGCCGCGCGCCGCCCGCCCGACUGGUAG